AGAUUUCCCCGAGAGUAUUUCAAAAUUAUACCCAAAUAAACAUUUUAUGUAAAUUGUAUUUGUGCCGAACGUUAUUCGCGUUUUGGACUCUCAAAAUAUCGAGCAGUGCAAUCGACAGGAUCAGCAGGAGCUGUGUCGGUCAACAGACAGGGAUACACGACACUUCCAAGGAUCGCUACUUGAGUUCUCCAUUGGCAACGCACACAUUCGGAACCGCUUUCGAUUCCCCUCUUUCGGUCCACUGUUUUGACUUGCCGUUAAUAACAAAUUGUUCGGGUUGAUUUAGUCUUUCGGUUUUAAACAAGGAAAGCAGACGCAUUUCUUUUGUUUUAUUUUUUACAACACAUUUUGAGUUAUCAAAUGAAAUAUUUUUGAACAUAUUUUUUUGGACACUUGACAAAACUUCCGAACGGUGGAGACUCAAAAUUGUUUGAUCCAGUUUUAGAGACCAACAUACCACACUACAGACAAAAAGCAGUUGUCAAAAUUGUGCAUAAAACAUAAAGAUCGUAUACACAGUCGUAGAUAUAAUAAUAGAUCGUGUUAAACAAUAUGCGUGGACAACUGUUGCUGAAGGGACCGGCAUUGGCCAGGAGUUUGAGCCGAGUUCGAGUGAGUGUGGUGCCGACGUGUCAGAUUGGAUCGGUUCGCCAUGUGACCGCCGGCUGUGGAGCUGGAGAUGCCGUGAAGGGCGGCAAGGGAAUCGUAUUGGGUCUCUACGAGAAGGAAUCGGGCAAGGGACCUCGACUCACACCCGCCGGCGAGAAAUUCGACGAUCGUGUCCAGGGCAAAUUAUCGGAAUUGGUCUGCGAGACGAAAUUGACAGGACGUCUGGGUCGCGGCAAGGUCUUCAAUAAUGUGGACAACGAUUUCCGUUCGAUUUGCGUGGUCGGAGUUGGCCUCGAAGGCAUAGCCUUCAAUGAGCUGGAAAUGCUGGACGAGGGCAUGGAGAAUGUGCGCAUAGCCGCCGGCAUUGGAGCCCGAUCACUGCAGAGUAUUGGUUGCUCGGAGGUGCAUGUGGACAAUAUGGACUAUGCCGAACAGGCCGCCGAAGGUGCCGCUCUGGCCAUUUGGCGGUACGAGGAGAAUCUGGCCAAGAAGUAUCGCAGCACUAUACCGAAACUGGAGCUACAUGGUUCACCGGAUGUCGAAUCCUGGACUAGGGGCCUCUUCAAGGCGGAGGCACAGAAUUUGGCCAGAAGACUUUCCGAUGCCCCCGCCAAUUGUAUGACACCGACCAUUGUGGCCCAGGCUGCCGUGGAUGCCCUGUGUCCUUGCGGCAUCACCGUGGAGGUUCGAACUAUGGAAUGGAUUGAACAGCAGCAUCUGAAUUCCUUCCUCAUGAUUGCCAAGGGCAGCUGUGAGCCACCCGUUCUCCUGGAGGUGGCCUAUUGCGGUACUGCCCCCGAGGAUAAACCCAUACUGCUGGUGGGCCAAGGCAUUACCUUCAAUUCCGGUGGUAUCAACCUGCGUCCUUGCAAGGGAAUGGAUGAAUUCCGGGGGGAUCUCACCGGUGCUGCUUCAAUUUUGGCCGCCAUGCGAGCGGCUGCCGCCUUAUCCUUGCCCAUCAAUAUUACGGCCGUGAUACCACUCUGCGAAAACCUACCCUCCGGAAUGUCCUGCAAGCCGGGCGAUGUGGUAACCCUACUGAAUUCCAAAUCCCUGGCCGUGCGAAAUAUCAGCAGAACGGGUGUGGUGGUCAUCUCGGAUCCCAUGCUAUAUGGUCAGAUUACGUACAAACCGCGACUCGUUGUGGAUGUGGGUUCCAUGUGCAAGGGUGUCAAGAAGGCGGUGGGCGGUGGAGCCACUGGAAUCUGGUCGAACUCACAUUACAUCUGGAAACAAUUCCAGAGGGCUGGAUCCUUGACCGGCGAUCGCCUGUGGCGAUUCCCCCUGUGGCGGUACUACAAGGAUCGUGUGGCCGAACACCUGAGCUUCGAUCUUCUGAACGAUGGCGAGGGCUAUGCCUCAUCCUGUCUGGCAGCUGCUGUCCUCCAUGAACUCGUGCCCUGCAGCGAUUGGGCCCAUCUGGACACCUAUGGCACUGGACUGCUGAGCACCUACGGACUGAUACCCUAUCUCACUGCUGGAAGGAUGACGGGCAGGCCCACAAGGACACUGGUGCAGUUCCUCUACCAAAUCGCCUGUCCCGAACAGCCCAAAUAGGUUAUGUUCGAUCUGUUCGAUGUAGGCUAUGAAGACUACGAUUACGUUUUGGUUGAUUCUUUGACAGGCGACUCUUGAGACCCCGGGUAUUGGAUGUUUGGCUUCAAGUGUAUAUGUAUAUAUCGAGAUAUGAGAUGGUGUUGAGAUGAUAUGCAACCCAUCGUUUUUAGCUGUUGACCGACGUCCCAGGACCAGGGACCAGACCUCGUUCAAUGUUUGUAUUUAAUGUUCAUGACUCGGCCGCAUCCCGGGGCUGAGUUGGCUGGCAAAGAUUGUCUCGAGUCCAAAAAUCUCUAAAUUGACACAGAUAAAUCAUUGUAUCACUCACUUCUUAUCCCUUUCGGCUGUCAACCAGAUGUAAUAAAUUGUAGGGUCAUUCAAGAA